AUGGCCGAUUCCGAACAAGACACACCACCAGUCGAGGUCGAAGCCGGCGCCUUCGUCCCGCCCUCCAUCCACAGCGAGCCCCUCCUCGUCGGCCAGUCCUACUCGCACUUCUCCCCCGUGCCACCGUCUCUCCUCCCCUCCGACCCCUCGAACCCAUCUUCCGCGGUUCCCUGCUGCCUCGGCGUCGACGAGGCCGGGCGCGGACCCGUCCUCGGCCCCAUGGUCUACGGCGUCUUCUACCUCCCCAUCGACCGCUCCGACGAGCUCCUCCGCGAGGCGCAUCACUUUGACGACUCCAAGGUGCUGACCGCGGCUGUGCGCGCCGACCUAAUGCGCACGCUCUGCCGCCCCGGCUCCGACCUCCACGACGCCUGCGGCUGGGCCACGUGCGCGCUGUCCGCGCGCGACAUCGGCGCUGGCAUGCUCCGCCCCGUCGGCGCGUACAACCUCAACGCGCAAGCCAUGGACGCCACCGUCGACCUCAUCAAAGGUGUCUAUGCCCGGGGCGUCAACGUCCAGGAGAUCUACGUCGACACGAUCGGCCCGCCGGCCACCUACCAGGCGAAGCUGCAGCGCAUCUUCCCGACCGCGCGCGUCACGGUGGCCAAGAAGGCGGACAGCCUGUACGCGUGCGUCAGCGCGGCGUCGGUCUGCGCAAAGGUGACGCGCGACGUCGCCCUCGAGACGCUGUACGGAGACCGCAGGGACCCGGCCGACCACGAGGCGGACGGCGACGAGGCGAUGGCUUGGGGCUCGGGGUACCCUUCGGACGGCCGUUGUACUGCCUGGCUGCGCGGCAACUUGCAUCCCGUGUUCGGAUGGGGCCCCGAGUGCCGCUUCAGCUGGGGCACGGCCAAGGACAUGCUCGAGGCAAAGGGCAACGGCGUCAAGGUGGAGUGGCCGGCGGAUGACGACGGCGAGGCCAGCCGCGUGACCGACUUUUUUGUCUCUGGCGACAAAGACACAAAUGAGCUCGGUCACUGGUUUGGUACGCCCGCCGAUUUAGAGGCCUUUUGA